AGCAAGUCCAUCAUAUCCACUUCAUAGAAUCAUCUCGACCUCGCGACAAGAAAACCAUCUUCAUCUCCUGAUCUAUCCUUAUUCCCUUUUUUAUACACAUCCUUCUUUUCACAAUGUCCGCUGAAGCUAUGGUCUUCUUGUUCGGCGUCAUCGUCGGUGCCGGUCUCUUGUUUGUCAAGGUGUUCUUUGUCAUCUUGAUCAGUGACCUCGAGGUCGACUACAUCAACCCUAUCGAGCUCUGUAACAAACUGAACCAGUUUGUGUUGCCAGAAAUGUUCGUGCAAGCGUUCAUGACAUUCAUAUUCCUGAUCAGUGGACAGUGGAUCGCUACCGCCUGGAACUUGCCCUUAGUCGCUUACAAUGCCAAUAAGAUUAUGAAUGGCAAGCACAUGUUCGAUGCCACAGAGAUCUUCCGCACGUUGGGUCAGCACAAGAAGGAGUGCUUUAUUAAGCUCGGCUUUUACCUCCUCAGCUUCUUCUACUAUCUUUACCGCAUGAUUCUCGCUUUGGUGAACGAUUCGUAAGAGACAGGACGGAGCAGUUGAAGUCGCGAUGGUGUUCAAUGGUGCAUCGGCGCAUCUUUUUUUCUCAAAAUAAAUCAGACGUGC